GACGUGAGCGGAACCCAAACAAAUACCAACACAACGGCGAUUAAUAAAUUUAUCAAAAAUGUCAAUCGCCUCAAUCAGCUGUCGAUUUUUCCGUGAAUAUUUGUGUUUGUCGACGGGUACCGUAGUUUGCUUGCACAAGAAUGGGUUGUAAUAAAUGAGAGGUGCGGUGUGAGUGUGGUGGGACGGUGGUGCGGAGCGCGGAGGCGGCGGAGCUGGUGGAGCGCGCGGGUGGGGCGGGCCGCGACAGGCAUGCGGCAUGUCGGCGGAGGCCGGCACGUCGCGCGGGGGCCUGCGCGUCUACAAGAUCGUGGUGCUCGGCGACGGCGGCGUGGGCAAGUCCGCCGUCACGCUGCAGUUCGUCAGCCACAGCUUCUUGGACUACCACGACCCUACCAUAGAGGACUCAUACCAGCAGCAAGCUGUGAUAGAUGGGGAGCCGGCACUGCUCGACAUACUGGACACAGCUGGCCAGGUGGAGUUCACAGCGAUGCGCGAGCAGUACAUGCGGUGCGGGGAGGGCUUCGUGCUCUGCUACAGCGUGACGGACCGGCGGUCGUUCCGCGCGGCGGCCGAGUACCGGCGGCUGCUGGCGCUGGCGCGGCGCACGGAGCGCCUGCCGCUCGUGCUGGUGGGGAAUAAGCUAGAUCUGGCGCCGAGGUAUAGACAGGUGAGCACGGAGGAGGGCGUGGCGCUGGCGACGCAGCUGGGCUGUCCGUUCUUCGAGACGUCGGCGGCGCUGAGGCACUUCGUGGACGACGCCUUCCACGCGCUCGUGCGGGAGAUACGGCGCCUCGAGCGGCAGAGACAGUCGUCGAUACUGGGCACGGGCCUGCCGGCGGGCGGCGGGCGGCGGCGGUGGCGGCGCCUGCGCAGCAUCUUCGCGCUCGUGUUCCGCCGCAAGCGCCGCCAGACCGCGCCCUAAUGCACUAAUG